AGAUAAUUGCAAAAUUGAGAACCUUAUUUUUUUAAGUCGGUUAAAAAUAAUGUAUCCUUGCCUUCGAUCAACAAUACAACUAGUUUUUUAUUAACAUGAUGUUACGAAUUCUUUCUGCAUAAGUAUCUCCGUUUUUAAUUAAAAUAUUUCUGUAACUUAUUAUAAUUGUUUUUUUUUAUGUGUAAAGACCAUUAACGUGACAUUGGCAAAGUUGUGUAAACGCAAAUACAAAAUGUUGAACAGUAUAAGACAGAGUACAUACAUUAUUACAAAAGCAAAGUAUAUACAAACGAAAUUCUAGCGAAAUCCAAAAGAGCAACGCCAAUAAUUAAAAAGAAAGAGAAAAAAGCAUUUUUUCAAGAUGUUUUUAUUGUUUAUAAUUUUAUAAUAUGGAUCAUAAAAAACUCUGUCGUUGUUGCCUCUCAGAGGAGUGUUACAAAGAUUUAUCAACUAAGUACUUCAACAGUGGAAAACCUGAAAUCUAUUCAGAAAUAUUAAAAGAAACCUUCAACAUAUCUAGUGUACUUUCAUCAAUGUUAAGGCAAUCCACCUAAACAUCCAAAGGAUAUAUUUUUACUUAUAUUCAAACUAUCAAUAAAGAUGAAAAUUCAUCCAUUCAACGAAGGCAUGUGCCCUAGCUGUGUAGAGAUAAAGACUGGUGAUGUUGAUGCUGAACAAAAACUGAAUGGAAAUUUAGAGUUCAAGGCAACCUGGUAAUUGGUUUUUAAAUAGAUAGUUUUCAAUUUUUCAGUUAAGAAAUCAUGACAGAAUAAAGAAUUUGAUCUGCGAGGCUUGUAUAAAAGUACUAAGAGAAGCGGAUAGUUUUAAGAAGAAAGUACAAGCUGCUGAAGAGGCUGUCUUAAAAAUGUUGGAUGAACAAUCAAAUGAAAUAGAAACAGAAGCAUCAUUCAAGCAAGAGUAUGAAGAAUUUGAUGACUAUGAUUUUGAUGAUAAAGUUGAUAGUUCAGAUGAUAAUUUUAUGUGGGACUUUGAGGAUAAAGCAAGAAAGGAGAAAGGUCAAAUAUUUGUCGUCAAGCUAGAACCGCAAGAUGAUAAAAAAAAGGAAGAAGCUAAACUUGAGAAAAUUUUUAAAAACCCUCCUAAAAUAAGGGUCGUUACAGGCCGAGAUAAAAUUAAAAAAAGAAAUAUAAAUAAAGAGAUAAAACCUGGAAAAGAACAGCAGAGUAAAGGAAAACAACGAUUACACACUCGUAAUGUUACGCCAGAGUCAGAGGCCCAGAUUGCAUCCCGAGAGAACUCUCUCAACCUCAUAUUGAACUCGAAUAUGUGUUUAUUUAAAUCAUUGAAGACGAAGUUCGGUUGUUUCCACUGCAAAGAGAGUUUUAUGACGAUGCCGGAACUAAGGGAACAUUCUAAAACACACAGUGACGUGAAAAACUUGAAAAUCAGAUUCAAGCUUCUCAAAGGCUUGUCCUACAAGAGCGUCGAAAUAUCAGGAUUGGCUUGCAACUUGUGCUCUUUUAGUUGUGACGAUUUGAACGGUUUAAGAUCUCAUUUAAUGGAUAAACAUAGCAUAGAAUUUAAUGGCAGCGAACAUUUUUUGAUACCAUAUAACUUAGAGAACGGUUUCAAAUGUGUUUCGUGUGCAGACAUUUUCAAUACAUUUUCCCGUCUCGCUAUACACAUGAAUACACAUUAUACCCAUAACGUUUGCGAGAUUUGUGGGGUAUCUUAUAUAAACAGGCUGAGUCUUAGAAUGCAUGUAAGUUCUGUCCAUACGGAGAAGAAGUGUUCCCAUUGUCCGGCAACAUUUUCAACUCAUAAUAUGAAAGUUAAGCAUAUGAAGAAGGCGCAUAACGUUGGAUCAUAUAAACGAUAUUGUCUGUUGUGUAACAAAACUUUUAGGUACACAUAUUUAUUGGUCGAACAUAGGAUAAAGGAGCAUGGUGCGAAAAGACAGAUCUGCGAUUGCCCUGAAUGUGGAAAGACCUUCUUGUCUCCUCAUAAUAUGAAAGUUCAUAUACGGUCGGUGCAUAUAAAAGAAAGAAAUUAUCCUUGUGCCGUUUGCGGGAUGAGAUUUUUCACGAAGUGUGAUCAGAAACGUCAUGAGAUGACACACGACGAUGUGAAGUCGUUUUCUUGUAGUCACUGUGAAGGGAAGUUCAAGACUAAGGAUUCUUGGCGUCGACAUUUGAAGAGACAACACGGACAUUAUGGACUGCAAUAAAUUUUAAAUUAUUUGAUA